UGGGAGAGUGAGCACAGCACUGCUGCCUCAUCUGAGUUCAGUGUUCAUUGAGUGGUACAGUUUAUUUUAAAAAACACAAAAGCACAAAUAACAUAUUUUUGUUAAAUUUGUAGUAGUGAUCCGAUGUUACAUUGCCAUAUUUUUAUAAAAUGAUUUUCAGCACUUUUCCUUUUUUUUUUGUACUAUCGUUAAUACAGUAAUUUACUUCGCAAUCUGUUGUUAAACAGAAAACUGCAGAAAACGCUAAGUGAAUCUAUCAAAAUCAUCUGUAAAUGACAGUAUCAAGAAUAGGUAUCAAGAUUUUGUGAGUAAUGUUCUCGAUUUACACAGAUUAUUUCGAAAAUUCCUCAAUUAUAGAUGUAAUUCAGUUGUAUUGGAAUAGUGCACUGUUGUAUUUAACCGAUAUAAUUAUUGCACUUCGUGAUACGCAAACCAAAACCAUAUUGAAAUUUAUUGAGAAACUACCGGAAUACUUUUACUUUAGCGAUUUUCAGUGGACGUUGUUAAAGACAUUUUCAUUAAUCCUGGUGAUUAACUUAAUCCUAAUUGUUGUAGUUUGGAGAAUAUAUGGUAAAGAUAUUUGCGAGAGGUUUAUGAAAUUAUCGACUCUAAGGGAAAUAGAAGAACUGAAAGCAAGUGUAUCUAAACUCAAAUUGCCUAAGGAGCACACACCUCGAAUCUAAAAAAUUUUAUAUUUUUUUCCUGAC